AUGGGUUCAUCAGCCUAUUCACCUUUGGAUCAAUUCAUCCGAGUAAAUCCACACAGGAAAAUGGGAAUCAAGAAGAGGAAUCAUGGAAGACAGUGCAGUGCUGAAGAUGAGCCAGAAAUACCUCACUUGUGUUGGCUUACUGUAAAAAUUAUAUGUAUGCGAAAUCUCCGCAAAGCAGACCUGUUGAGCCAAACUGAUUGUUAUGUGAAGCUGUGGCUGCCCACAGCUUCACACCAGGAAGCCCGGACAAGAACUGUAUCCAACUGCAGAAACCCUGUCUGGAACGAAACUUUCCACUUCAUGAUACAAAGUGAGGUGAAGAACAUCCUGGAGCUGACAGUCUGUGAUGAAGAUACUUUGACACCAGAUGACCAGCUUUUGACUAUUCACUUUGAUGUAGCUAAAAUCCAACCUGGAAAAAAGGUUCACCUGAAUUUUGUCUUGAAUCCAGAGAAUCAGGAAGAACUAGAAGUGGAAUUUCUAUUGGAUAACAUUCCAGGUGUAUCUGAAAAGAUAAUUACUAAUGGUGUCCUAGUGUCUCGAGAAGUUUCCUGUGUGGAAGUACAAGUGGAUGACAAAAAAAUCAAGAGCCCUAACACAAGGAGAGAUUUCACCUUCACAAUGAAAGGAUCCUAUGAAGAAACCCAAGAUGUUUCCACGGGUCCUUCCUGCAGCAAGAGAGACAGUCAUACACCCACCUUCCAUUAUGUCAAGCACAGUCAACCCCAACUGGAUAUGGUGUUGCCAAAGGGGCGUUUUUACUGUGGUCAUGGCUCAAAUAGGAAGGAAAUGGAUGUAAAUAGUCCCCUUACUAUGCCUCUGAAUUCUCUGGACUUGGGAGAGAAAGUGACAAUAGUGCGAGGUGAAUCUUAUGAGGUGUCUGUGAAGGAAGAAGAUAGCUGCAAGAAUUUAGGUUUACGCUUGGGGUUUGAUCUAUGUGCAGAGGAAAAGGAUUUCAUCUGCAAAAGGAAGAAAAUAGUUGCUGCUGCUCUGAAAAACAUUCUUGAGCUAGAUGAAGACCUGCAGGAGGAUGAGCAGGUGCCAGUGGUGGCAGUCGUGACUACAGCAGGGGGAGUGCGGUCCAUGACAUCGAUGUUUGGCAGUCUUCUGGCUCUCCAGGAAUUGGGUGUUUUGGACUGUGCCUCGUAUGUCAGUGGUUUGUCUGCCACAACAUGGACCAUGGCGAAGUUGUAUGAAGAUGCAAAUUGGUCACAGAAAGAUCUGAGAGGGCCAAUUGGGGAUAUCCGGAAGCAUGUGAUCAAGAGCAAGCUGCACUGUUUCUCCCUGGAUCAUCUGAAAUACUAUGAAAAGGAGCUUUGUGAAAGAAAGCAAGAGGGGCACAAGCUGUCUUUCACAGAUUUAUGGGGACUCUUCAUUGACUCCAUGAUACAUGAUGAGGAAAACACCUGUAAACUCUCUGAUCAGCAGCUGGCCGUGAAUCAGGGACAGAAUCCACUGCCCAUAUACCUGUCCCUCAAUGUCAAGGAUAACUUUACCACUCUGGAUUUUAAAGAGUGGGUGGAGUUCACGCCUUAUGAGGUGGGUUUCCUGAAAUAUGGGGCCUUUGUUCGUUCAGAGGAUUUUGGUAGUGAAUUCUUCAUGGGCUACCUGAUAAAGAAGAUCCCAGAAUCCCGGAUCUGCUUCUUGGAAGGCACAUGGAGUAAUAUAUUUUCCCAGAGUUUUAUGGAUGCUGUCUAUCUCUCCGGUCAUUCAGAAGACUUCUGGCACAGAUGGACCCGAGACACUGAGCAUGAAAUAGAGGAACACCCAUUUCUUCCCAAGAGGCCUCAUGAGCAAACAACUUCCUUAUCCGUUCCCAAAGGUUGCCUUUCCAAUACUCUUCGACAAAUGAUGACAGGACGGCCAGUGGUUUCAAACUAUCAUAAUUUCAUUAAGGGCUUGCAGCUGCAUAACAAGUAUUUAGAGAAUGAAAACUUUUGCAUGUGGAAAGACACAGUGCUUGAUUCUUCUCCCAACCAACUGAAUGAAAUGGGUGACUACCUCAAGCUGGUGGAUACAGCUUUCUUCAUCAAUACCAGCUGCCCACCCAUUUUGAGGCCAGAGAGGAAAGUGGAUGUCAUUUUGCAUUUAAAUUACAGCGGAGGAUCACAGAUUCUGCCACUGGACCUAUUCUCAGAAUACUGUUUGGAGCAAGGGAUCCCCUUCCCCUCCACAGAGCUGAGCCAGGAGGACAGAGAACACCUGAAGGAGUGCUACAUGUUUAAGGACAGCUUAGAGGCACCAAUCUUGGUCUAUUUUCCACUUGUGUGUGAUACCUUCCAAAAAUACAAGGCACCAAAUGUGGAGCGCAGUCCUGAGGAGAUGGAACAGGGAAGAGUAGAUGUGUCCAACUCUAUUGCUCCCUAUGGCACUGGUCUGCUUACAUAUACUGAAGAGAAUUUCAACAAGCUGUUGAACCUUUGCCACUACAACAUCCUGAAUAAUAAACAUUUAAUUCUUCAAGCUUUGCAAGCUGCAGUGGAACGAAAGAAGCAAUUUAAAAACUGCUCACAACCUCAGUCAUCUAAACAGUCUUAAAAGUAUAUUUUGACAAAUCUCAUUAGAAAGAGAGAUACAGACGUUUUGUUAGUGGACUAGUGAAUAUCCAGGGAAUGUGAAUCUAUACAGAAUGAACAUGCAUGUUAGCUUGUUUAAAAAAAAAAAAAAAAAAAAGGAAAAUCAUUCAUCUUAUUUAGUACUGUGUGUCAGGAUUAAUGCUGGUUCUGAUGUUAAAGUUGUAGGCAAAUCAUGAUUAGUUUUUGAAACUUUCUCCACUGUUCUAGUGAAUGGGAAGGCACUAAUCAAGUUUAAGGGCUCCAUGUGGAUAUACAGCCAUAAAAUGAUGAGGUUUCAACCUCACAGAGGUAUAUUCCAAAUUUAGUUGCAACUCUUGGCGGUAUGUUAUCUUUGAUCCAGAGACCAAAGCAAAGAUCAAGCAAAGCUUUCCUUUGCUCUUUAGACAUCUGCUUGUGAUAAAAGUAAACCAGAUACCAAAAUAUGCUUGCAUCUGGAAAAGGAGGACUGAUAACUGAAGAAUGGAACUGCAUGUGAUGUCCUCUAUUUUCUCAGUAGCCAUCUUUCAGGCAGAAGUCUAACCUUCAGUGAAUUUACCUGUCUGGCUGUCAUUGUGUUGAGUCUAAAUUUUUGAUGGACUAUGACAGUGAUCAACAUAUGACAGCCUAAUUUUUCUGCCAACUGUAUGACAAAAAUCAUCUGACUGCAUCCAUUUUUUGCUGAACUUUUGUCUGGACUAUUUAUUGCCUGCUAAGUGGAUUUUGAAGCUGAAGAUGACGGUUAAGGUUUUGACUUUUACACUUACUGGGUUUGGAAAAACAGUUCAACAGCCUAGCCGUUGGACGUAAUCAUAUCUUCAUUUAUUAAUCUUCUCUAAGCUCACAUAUGUCCAUGAUGCCAACAAAGCUUGUAAUACCAAUUUCCUUGACUUCUGCAUUAUUGUGAUGGUCAAGGUGUAACUGCUGCUACAUUUUUAUUCCCACCAACAUCCAAAAUGCAUGGGGGAGUGUUCACGAGAUUUUUGUAUAUAUUUUAGAUAAAGGUCUGUUUAAGAUGAUGUAUUUAUUGGUCAUUCUAAGAUCUUACUUUCUCUUGUGCAUAGCAAUAUAAAUACUGUGUAAUAGCUACCGUUCAAAUACUAAAUAACCACGCAUAAUCUUAUUAAAAAUGAG